AUGACCGAAACCAUCCCAGGCCCACCCGGGCUUCCUUUUUUGGGAAAUAUCAACGACGUCGACCGAAUAAAUCCCACUACGAGUCUUGCUCGUUUCGCAGAUACAUACGGCGAGAUCUACAGACUGAAUCUCGGCGGCGAGCGUUUAUUUAUCUCCUCUGUAGAACUGGUGAAUGAAGUCUGCGACGAGAAGAGAUUUCACAAAAUUGUCUCCGGCGGUCUUAAUCAGGUCAGAAAUGGCACGCGAUACGGUCUUUUCACCGCUCGAACCGGUGAACACCACUGGGAAGUCGCUCACCGGACUCUUAUGCCCGCCUUUGGACCUCUAUCUAUUCAAUCAAUGUUCGAAGAGAUGCAUGACAUUGCAUCCCAGCUAGUCGUGAAGUGGGCGAGAUUCGGACCUCAAGAGAAGAUUAUAGUCACCGACGAUUUUACGAGACUGACUCUGGACUCGAUUGCGCUAUGUGCGAUGGGAACUCGAUUUAACAGCUUUUACCACGAAGAGAUGCAUCCUUUUGUGGAUGCAAUGACUUCUUUUCUUAGUGAAAGUGGAGCGCGAGCGUCGAGACCGGCAAUCGCUGGGUAUUUCAUGCGCGCUACUAAUCAGAAGUACGAGGAGGAUAUGGCGUUGAUGGCAAACACAGCUGAGGAAUUGAUGAAUGAGCGUCGAAAACAUCCUAUUGAUAAAAAAGACUUACUUAACGCGAUGCUUUUCGGGAAAGACCCGAAGACUGGCGAGUCGAUGAGUGAUGAGAGUAUUCGAGACAACAUGAUCACGUUUUUGAUUGCUGGACAUGAAACGACAUCUGGAAUGCUAUCUUUUUUGUUCCAUCAUCUCUUGAAGAACCCAGCUGCAUAUCAAGCAGCUCAGAAGGAAGUCGACGAUGUUAUCGGCACUAAUGCUAUUACCAUUGAGCAUAUGUCGAAGCUGCCUUAUAUUGAUGCGUGUCUGAAAGAAACAUUGCGACUCAACCCAACGGCUCCCGCGUUUGCGGUUACACCAAGAGACGACCUUCCCAAUAGUGACCAGCCUGUCUUCAUUGGCGGUGGAAAGUACGAGGUCAAGCCUGGUAUGCCUAUAAUCAUCUUGAGUGCUCCAACCCAGCGAGAUCCAAAGGUGUACGGUUCAGACGCACGAGAAUUCAAGCCCGAGAGAAUGCUUCCUGAAGCAUUCAGCAAACUUCCACCAGGCGCCUGGAAACCGUUCGGAAAUGGCUCUAGAGGAUGUAUUGGACGGCCAUUCGCAUGGCAAGAAGCAAUCUUGACAGUCGCUAUACUUCUCCAGUGCUUCGACUUCCGCCAACAUGACCCAAGCUAUGAAUUACAAUUUAAGUCAACUCUCACAAUCAAGCCACUGGAUUUCUUCAUGCACGCAAGUCUUCGUAAACACAUCGACCCAAAUCAACUCGAAAAGAUGAUCCAUUCCGGAAAGAUGGAAAUGAAGACUAGCGAUCAUGGGAGAAAGGGAUCGAUAGCUGGAACAACCAAGAAGCCUAAGAAGCCAAUGACAGUGCUUUAUGGUUCAAAUGCUGGAACUUGCGAGGCUCUGGCCCAAUCUGUUGCUCGGAAUGCUUCAAGACAUGGUUAUGAUGCCAAGGUUGAUACGCUAGAUACCGCUGUUGAUAAUGUUCCAAAGGAUCAGCCAGUUGUUAUUAUAACAGCCAGUUAUGAGGGUCAACCACCAGAUAAUGCGGCGCAUUUUGUAGAAUGGAUGCAAAAGCUCGAGGACAACAAGCUCAAAGGCGUGAAUUAUGCUGUAUUUGGGUGCGGAAAUCACGACUGGGUAUCCACCUUUCACAGAAUACCAAAUCUUGUCAAUGACACCUUUAAAGCGAAGGGAGCGACGAGAAUUACUGAAAUCGGACUGGCGGACGUUGCCGAAGGUGAUGUGUUUAGCGACUUCGACAAAUGGCAAGAUGAGAAGUUAUGGACUGCCCUGGGAGUGGAGUCGGACGGCUCCGAAGAAGCUGGUAUUGAAGUUGAGAUUAACACCGACACAAGACGCUCAAGACUUCGACAAGACGUCAAAGAAGCGGAAGUUAUCAGCAACGAGUUGUUGACUGCUGAUGGAGUCACGGAAAAGCGACAUAUUGUUCUUCGAAUGCCCACAGGCAUGGAAUAUCGCGUUGGAGAUUACCUUGCGGUACUUCCACUUAACCACCCUAAGAAUGUUCGACGAGUUUUGAAAUGGGCCAAGUUGCCUUGGGACGCUAUGUUGACUCUGAAGAACGGGGCCAAUACCACAUUACCGACUGGUCACCCGGUAUCUGCAUUCGAUAUUAUGUCUGCGUAUCUUGAACUGACCCAGCCGGCAACUCGCAAGCACGUAGCAAAAAUCGCAGCUAGCUGUACCGACGAAAAGGAGCGAUCAGAGUUACUGGACAUGUCCGACAAGAAUUAUGACAAAGAGGUAAUGUCGAAACGCCGCUCAGCAAUUGAUCUGUUGGAGGAGUAUCCAUCCGCAGCUCUACCCCUAGGCGACUAUCUCGCCAUGUUACCACCGAUGCGCAUACGACAAUAUUCCAUUUCUUCUUCGCCUCUGGUCGACCCAGAAACAGCAAGCAUAACAUGGUCGGUUAUUGACCAACCCUCAAAAGCUUCAGGUGAAAAGAGAUUUCUUGGUGUUGCAUCAAAUUACCUUUCGAAUGUGGAAGCUGGUGAUCGGAUACAUGUCGCUGUCAAAGCAAGCCAUGGACAAUUCCAUCCUCCGAAUGAUAUUGAGAAGACUCCGAUUAUCAUGAUGUGUGCAGGCACAGGUCUCGCCCCCUUCCGCGGCUUCGUCCAAGAACGCGCGCAGCAAAUCCGCGCCGGCCGCAAGCUCGCCCCCGCCUACCUCUUCAUCGGCUGCGCGCACCCCGAAAAAGACCAACUCUUCAAGACCGAAUUCGACCAAUGGCAAAAAGACGGCGUCGUCGAGGUCUUCUACGCCUUCUCCCGCUGCACCGAGCACAGCAAGGGCUGCAAACACGUGCAAGAUCGCGUGUGGGAGGAGCGAGAGCAGAUGAAGAAGGUGUUUGAUCAGGGGGCGAAACUGUAUGUUUGUGGCUCUGCCGGGGUGGGUGAGGGCGUCGCGAAGAUGUUGAAGAGGAUUUAUGAGGAGGCUGCUGAGGCGGUGGGGAAACAUAAGACGGAGGAGGAGAUUGAGGAGUGGUGGUUGGGGGUUAAGAGUGAUAGCCUUUGA